UCCACGUCGUCUACAUUUAUUUUUUGCUAGUUUCCGCUUUAAAUUAAACAACUUAAAAAAAGCCGUCGAAACUAAAACAGUCUACUUCGGUUUGCUGAAUUGAAAGGUUGUCUCUUCGAUCUACACGUUAUUUGUUGGAUUUCCUGUGCAUCAUAGCGGACCUUGAGUCCUUGACCAGCAUAGUUUAUUUUGUAAAAUUUGUUGGUGUUGGUUUUGGAUUUUGCAUUCAAUUCGCACUACUCGCAGAUAUGCGAAUGUAUGCACCAACACCAACUCGACCUUCAAUCAAUAACUACCUAGCUAGAAAACUAGCUGACUUUAUUUAAUGAAACUGCAACUUAACAUUUGAUUGAAUGAAGCUGACCCAGUUUGCAUUUGGUCUUCUUGUUAUUGAAAAUGAAAUGUUCUCCAUUUUUACUGGACUGGCUUGCUUGAGUGGAUGAGUCACUGUACUACGUACGUUACUACGUAGUAUACAAACAUGACAAACAAUAUGAUCAUUGCUUUUUCAGAGCUUCUUUAGUGACCAUCCUGACCAUGCGAUGGAGGAAAAUGCUAUUAAAAUAACAGUCCUCUCAAGCAAAAGCAUGACAAGAGAUCAAGAUGCCAAUAUGACUAUAAUACAUGUAUGACUAUGAGCGAGUGCUAGUGUGUGUUUACAAUUAUUGUUGAGAGACAGUUGGAAACCAGACUCCUGUCCAGAGCUCAGUUUGUUGGAGUAUAUAAAGCAACAGCAAUUCGAGGAAGAUUUAAUGUGACAAUUCGAAAAACAUCAUCCUCCUGUAACCUUGGAUACAAACUGAAUGGUAAUUGACUGGUAAAAAACGCCUGUAUCAAAUUGAUUUAUGCAUCUGUAGGACAGUUGAAGUUAAAUCCACACAAGAAUCAACAUGAAUUGGAUGUGGUUUUUAGCUUUUAUAAUUCUCAUUGCCAUUUGUGGGGCGUUGCGCCAUGUCGUCCUGCGAGGGCGUCCUAAGGAGACAACGGGACAUAAUCCAACAUUUGUGCAGUUCCAGAGGAAGUACUUCAUCGCGUACUUUCUUGCCCUCGCCUCGGAUUGGCUCCAGGGACCCUAUCUGUAUAAACUUUACUACCAUUAUGGAUUCUUGGAACCACAGAUUGCCGUGCUGUACGUGUGCGGGUUUGCUUCAAGUGUUGUUCUGGGUACGGCAACUAGUACAAUGGCAAAUCACUACGGCCGUAAGAAACUCUGCAUUACGUUUUCAAUUGUCUACUCAAUUUCGUGCCUAACGAAACUCUCCCGUAAUUACGGUCUCCUUAUUCUUGGGAGAAUAUUAGGCGGGAUGUCAACGUCGCUCCUGUUUACAGCGUACGAAGCAUGGUACAUCCACGAACAUGUUGAGUCGAACGACUUCCCGAAGGAAUGGGUCUCAAUAACCUUCUCCAAAGCGACAUUUUGGAACGGCGUUCUGGCCAUUGUCGCAGGUGUCGUGUCGUGGCUUUUUGCGGAGUUGUUGGACCUGGGGCCCGUCUCCCCCUUCAUGAUUGCGAUACCUUUGCUGUUGACGUCCGGCGCUGUCAUCGCGUCGUCCUGGGACGAGAACACAGGCAGCAAGAAGGUCAAAAUUUCAAAGUCCUGCAUGGAGGGGUUGAGGCAUAUCGUGAACUCCAGACGCAUGCUGCUCAUCGGCAUCAUGCAGUCCCUCUUCGAGAGUGUAAUGUUCAUCUUCAUCUUCAUCUGGACCCCCGUCCUUGACGUUCAACCCUAUCCUCCUCUUGGGAUCAUCUUCUCCAGCUUUAUGGCCUGCAUAAUGAUCGGCUCCUACCUCUUUGAGAUUCUGAGUAGGGAGCCAUUUCGGAUUCCAGCCUACACCAUCGUCAAUGGCUCGAUCCUCCUGGGGCUCAUUGCAAUCUCAGCCUGCGUCUGCUCGACAAAAUCCUACCAUGAUUAUCGAGCUGUUUCCUACAUGUCGUUCUUGCUGCUCGAGGUCGCUUGCGGGUUGUACUUCCCAUCCAUGGGGUUCCUUCGCGGACGUAUCCUCCCGGAAGCUCACCGCGCGGGGAUCAUGAACUGGUUCCGCGUCCCAUUGAACCUCAUUGCGUGCAUACUUCUGAUGGUACUGCACGGAGACUCCUCCAGCACUGGUACCCAGCACAUGUUCAUCAUCUGCUCGUUGUUGUUGGCGUUGGCGCUGUUCUGUGGGAUCCGUUUUGCGAAUAUGGUCAAGGACGAUGAGAACUUGAAAGUGGAGACUUUGGACGCUGGAAACAAAACUGAAAAUGGGAGCGUUGAGGCGGUGGUAGUCCGUUAGGGUCAUGCAUGUCACUUUAGGCAAUUUACAGGCAACCAGUUUCAGGCCAUUUCAAAGAAGAAAAGCCAUUGUAGACUUCAUUGUUAAAAUUUUAAGGGGGAUCAAACAUUGUUUGAAGAAUGACUGAAGUGCUACCAAAAUGAUCCUGUAGCCUACACUGCAGUUGGUUGCCUCCAAGUUGCCUGUAACAGGCCUGGAAUUUCAUCUUUUAGAGGGCAAGGCCAUUUUCAU